GAGUAAACUAGUUGGCAGCACUGCCUCGAAACGUCAAAAAGUGACGUUUAAUUCAAUCAAAACAAACAAAUUGUAAUUAACUUUAAUUAAAUAAUUACGCUACAAAAUCAAUGAAACGUACGGUGCCUUCAGUGUUGUGAUGUGAUGUUCCGCAAAUCUAAGGAAAACAAGUCGAAGCUCGAGCACAAACUGUACCUUGCACGGGAAGCCCCCGAGCCCAUUUUCGACCUCUCCGACUGCAACCUGCGACACGUCCCCCAGGGGAUUUACUCACUUUGUCGCGUUUUUUUGAAAGACGUGUUGCGGUUGGAGCGCAACUGCUUGUCUUCGUUGUCAGGAGGGGGCCACUUGAGCGACUUGCUCCAGUUAAAAGUGCUAGAUUUGCACGAGAACGCCUUCCAAAGUCUUCCCGAUGAGAUCGGGCUUUUGCGGGGCUUGAAAGAGCUCUACUUGAACGAUAAUCAAUUGAAGAAAUUGCCUGAUGCCAUUUGUUGUUUACACAACUUAACUGUACUCAAUGUUGCGAGAAAUGCGCUCAAAACACUGCCCGAAAACAUGGGCAAUUUGAAGAAUUUGAAAUUUUUCAGUGUUUGUGGGAAUAAACACUUGAAACGGCUGCCAAAAAGUAUUUGUGAUGCUCGGAGACUUGUCACUUUAGAGGCUGAUUGGGAGAGGUUUGUUUACCCUCCUUGUGAUAUAAUGGGGCAAGGGACUGAGGCUAUUAUGAGAUUUAUUUGCGCUGAUUUGGGGCAACCUUAUUUAGGCCCCGAAACUAUUGAAGACACUCCUGAUACUAGCACUGAUAACAACGAGGACCAAACUGAUGCUUUUGAGGCCAAAAUAUGGAAGCUAGAAAAUAUUAAGAAACAAAAAUUACAAGAUUUCCUCGAAAUGGAGAAAGCCAACGAAUUGUUACAACGCCAAGAGUUUGAGUUAGCAAAUGCACAAAAAAUUCAUAAAGAAAAGCUUUUAGCCGAUAUUGCGGAACAACAGAAUAAGCUUGAUAUUGAGUUGUUGAAGCUUCAACAAGAGAAGGAAAUUGAACGGUUUCAUUUGAUUGAGAAAGUGCUCGAAGCUGAACAGAAUUCAGACCGCGCCAUCCAACAGCUGCUCGAAUUGAAUAGUGAACCUCUUGCGCAGCUUUUGCAGCAAGAAAAGGAAGAAGAGGAGCGAAUUUUAGCUGCAGCUAAUAAAUACAACAGCGAUUUGCGUAAAACUGAUAUUUUGAGCGAUAUGCAAGUUUUACUAGAACAGGAAUUGACUAAAUUUCAACAGUUUCACGAGAAUCGGAUGGAAGUUUCAAGGGGGAUUUUAGAACAGGAAAUGGAUUAUGAUUAUCGCAUCAGUGAAAUCCUCCAAAAUCAGGAUUUGCACAAAGCUGAGCUUUUGAGCAAAUUGCAGGAAGACAGUGAGUUGCAAAAAGUGGCAGUGGGGGCGCUUCUAGAAAGGGGCGACGCCCGAUCAUGGGGGCUGUUGCAGCAAGUGAAGUUAGUUGAGUCACAGUUGGCAGCACUGACUCACAUCGAGAUGGAUAAAAAGAAACUUGAAAUUGAGGAAAAUCUCAAUGAUUUAUCAGAGAAAAGAAUUCAAUUGUCGUGUUUAUUGAUGGACUUGUUGGACCAGCAGAAAGCACGAAGGGAUCAGUUGUUGUCCACUUUACAAAAUUUGGAAGAAUUUAACAACUCGGACGAUUUUUGGCUCAAACAAUACCAAAGUUUGCUGGAAAAGCUUCCGGAAGGUUUGUCAGAGGCUCAAAAAAAUAUGGAUCCGCUCCUGGCACAAGCACUUUUACUGAAUGGAGUCAUUAAUUGUUUGCCGUUUUUGGCCAGUUUGAUGCAAUGUCAAUGCAACGUUGCAAAAAUCACAGAAAGCGACCUCAAAGAAGUGGGAAUUGUGAAUAAAUCGGACCGGGUCCACAUUUUAGACGCAUUCCAAAUGUACCGAAAGGAGCAAAUACCGACCGAUACGGCCCCCUCAGCUCCAGUGCUGCCAAUCGAAGAGGCAAGUGCGCCACCACUCGAAAAUGUCGCAAAUUUGGGGACUGAAUGCGUCAUUUGUUUGGACUCAACUUGUGAGGUGAUUUUCGUGCCAUGUGGACACUUCUGUUGCUGUUCCCAGUGUCCUGUGACCUUGAACGACUGUCCAAUGUGCAGGACUUCAAUCGAACGCAAAAUUAGAAUAAUUUCAUAGUUCGUUCAACUGCCGUCACUU